UGUCCCUAAUGACUUCCCUGAUCAUUUCACGUCGGUAUUCUGACUUCAGCAUACAUUUAUCUUACAGAUAGACAUUGGUUUACCAGUUACAGUGCUACUGUGUGCUAUCGCAGUAAUACAUUUAACUUUUUCUUAAUAACAGCAGGAAAAAGUGAAUUCUUUCAGAUCUGUCAUGGAGACCAAAAGAGCAAGCCAGGGAAAGGACAAAAAUCCCCCAAAAAAGAAUCAUGAAACCCAAAUAGAUGAAGUCAGCUCUCUUAGGGAGAUGAAGCUAAAGAAAACAGAGAAAGAUUUAGCAUACCACCAGAAGGAACACUACAAACUGGCUUCCGAGAUUGGAGAACUAAGAAAUCUCCUAUACAAGGCGGAGAUUAACGAAUUUGGGGCCACUAGUUAUUGGCAGAAAGAUUUAAAAGUUAAAGGGGAAAAGAUCAAAAGCCUGGAGGAACAGAUCAGAAAUCUACAAGAGCUUGCUAUUGAAGAUCGUCGUAAGUGGGAAAAUGAAAAGAAGCAGAACUUCAAACAGUUUGAGGAAGACAUUUUAAAAAGAAAGGCCAUUGAGAUUCGGACAAAGAAAAAGGUAACUAACAUGAGGAAGCAAAUGCAAGUAUCUAAGGAAGAAUACAGAGAAAACCUAAGAAAAAAAGAUGAGAAAUACAUGCGCUUAGAAAGGGAAACAGCAGAGAGGGAAAGGAACCACAUACGUCACCGAGAGGAGAUGAAUAUGGUAAUGCUUGAUCUCAAAAACACCAUUGUCAACUUGGAAAACGAAUUGAACGAUGUUCACAGGAAGAAUAACUGGCUAAUUAAAAACCUCACAUGUACCUUGGCUAAUUUAGAAGAUACGAGGCAACUGGCUCAAUCAAUGUCUAAGGACAAACUCUCACUGGCGGUGGACAAAAAAAUUCUGAAGACAACAUUAAAGAAUAAUGGUUCUGACAUUGCGCGUCUACAAAAAAUACUUACUGAAGUCAGGGCCAAAGCUGCUCAUCUGGAACAAGCCUUCAAGAAUUUGGAGAAAGAAUCUACAGAGAAUAAGAAAAGAAACCAACUCAUGAGUCAGGUAGAGUUGGACAAACUACAGAAAAUUAUCACCAUGCAAAAGAAGGAGAUCUGUCAAGUGAAGAAGCUGGCAAGGACCAUUGUGGAGAAACGCAAAGAUAUGGAGGUGUUUUUCUACGAAGCCCUGGAUAACGUCCGACAGGAGAUAGCUAAGGAAAGAAAGAAGAAGGUAAAGGAGCCAUAUCAAGACUACCGUCAGAAAUUUACAGACGGCGUGGCGGGGAGGAUAAAGCUCCCCCCCAUCCACACCUUCCAUCAGUGUCCCAAAAGCACCCAAUCUGUGUAUUCAGACAUGAAGGCAGCAGAAAAAUUGCCUCAUCUCCCCAGCAAGGAGGUUUACAUAUCUGAUCUCACUUGGGAGCAAAAAGAAAGAGUGCUCACUCUUCUCUUUGCUAAAAUGAACGGGGAUGAAGAACAUGCGAUCUACCAGAAGAUGGAUUUGUGAGAGUCCUGUAGGAAGAAGAGCAGAGUGCUGACACCAAACCUGCCGAAUGGAAUUGAAAAUUUCAACAAUAAAAAUGUGCAUCAGA